AAGCCGCUGUGCCAGUUUCAACAUCUGUGCUCAACAGGUUGGCUUUAGUUUGGUAAAGAACAGCUCCUCUUUUUGAUCUAAAUCUUUAAUAAUUGAUCUGGAAACAUUUUUAUAGGUAAAUGGAACUGCAGUAUUUCCACGGAACUAUAACUAAAGACGACUGUGAAAAAUUACUGAGCAAAACAGGGAAAAAUGGGAGCUUUUUAAUACGAAACAGCGAGAGUAUCCCAGGAGUCUUGUGCCUUUGUGUUUUCUAUGAACAGAUUAUCUACACUUACCGAAUCUUCAGGAAACAUAACGGACACUUUAUGAUGCAGACUUCUGAGGGUGCUCCAAAACAGGACUUCAGAACUUUAAAGGAUUUGAUUGCUACUUAUGAAAAACCAAAUCAAGGGCUAGUAAGCAACCUGCGCUAUCCAGUAACGAGACCUACAACAUCCCAAAGAUCUCAGACUGUCUACGUCACUAAAGGUGAAACAUACUUUACUCCUGAAAAUGAAGAUGCUGAGGAUUAUCUUGAAGUCUUACCUGAGUGACUGGCUGAGGGACCAUCUCUCAUUACUUGCUUCAUCUCUCAACACAGACACUAGUCUUGAGUGGGUCACACUCUUGCUAAUUGGAUAGUCCGUUCAUUUGACUGGAUUUUGUUUUGAUUUGUGCUCUAGAUAGUACUGCCCACAUGGUUAUAUCUUGCUUGCUUGGCUCUUGCUCCAGCAAAAAAACCAACUCUUCCUUUUGCUUUCUGUAUUCAUGUUACCUAUACCUGCCCACUUAAGCAACCGCUUCAUAGACCUGAUGAAAUGGAAACUAUAAAAGCUGCAGUGCUUAAGGUGUUUCCAUUUUAAGAGAAGCAAGUUUAAUAGCAUCCCCUACAUGGACUCAAGUUUGAACUUGCUACAUCAAUGAUGAAGUGGACUGUUGACCAGAAAAGCUUAUUCCGUAACAAUUUUUAGUUUUUAAUCUUUAGUUGUUUCCUUUAUGCAGCUCUUUUUGAAUAGUCAUGAACAUAAGUGUCGGUUGAUUUUAUUUUUAAAAAAUUUCACUUACUUAUUUUGGCAAUUUGCAACUACCAUCAGUAGCAGUGUGUUGAACAGAGUAAUGCUAAAUGUAUCUACUUGCAAUUAAAUCCGACUGAAAUAAUUGCAGAUUAAGUUUGUUAUAACCCAUAGAGCUCUGCAAAAGUUACUGCUGACAUCCAUAACUAUAUAUCAAAUACUAAAUGAUAAUUUGCUUCAACUGUAUCAAGUUAUCUUGAUGAAGUAAGUCACAGCAAUCUUAUAUAUUGUUAAGGAUCUUCAAAUUUUCCAAGACAGUACUGUAAAGUUGUCACUGUGCAUAGUUGCAUCCCCAAACUGCGGCCCUCCAGAUGUUUUGGCCUACAACUCCCAUGAUCCCUAGCUAACAGGACCAGUAGUUAGGGAAGAUGGGAAUUGUAGUCCAAAACAUCUGGAGGGCCGAAGUUUGGGGGUGCCUGGUUCAAUUAUUUUUAAAUCUCUCACUGUAAUCUCUAGUCAGGUCAGAGGCUACUCUAAUUUCCAAAGGACUUCAAGCUAAAGACUGGAAAUGCCAAAACUAGUCCCCAGAAGUAUAACCAGUUUUACAGCAAUACACAUGUACAUUUAGCUGCAAUUGUUUGCAGGUGGCUAUUGUGUAACCUGAUCUAAAAGCAUAGCACUCUGGGAACUAUUUUUGAAAGUCCUCCCCCCCCCCCUUACUUAUACUGUAUGUAGUAAAGAAAAAAGUUUGCAGAAGCUAGUGCUUUAAGGGGGCAUUUUCAUUCUGGAGUAAACAUAGUGCAGUUUGCAAGCCAGUCUAAUUUAAUCACUUAAUUGACUAGUUUGGGCCUAAGGGAAGUCAGUGCAUUUAGAAAAACCCAGUAAAUAGGACUUUCCCCUUCUAUAGAUAGUAAGGCUCUGUCUCUCCUUCAGAAUAGCUUUAAGUUCCCAGUACCCCUGUACUAGUGAAAAGGAAAGCAGUUUAUACGUAGCCAGUCCAUACGUAGCCACGAUUGUAAAUAUUACAUGAAGAUUUUAACAUGCAACCUGUGGUCAUAUUAAAUUCACAAUUGUUUUAAGUUGGCAAAACAUAAAUAAAAUUACUCCAUACACCAAUUUAAAAUACAUUAGGACGCUCACUAUCUGAGGCUGCCAGAUGUCCAAAUCCAUUGUUUGCUCGUACAUUACAACUAUAUGGUGCUAUGUGAUUCACUUGCACACCGCAGCUUUCCUCCAAUUUUUUUAGCUUGUAGGACACCUGUACUACUUUACCUGUAUGAGAUGGCAAGAAAUAAAGCCCUGUUGCACUAAUGCACAAUGCAUGAACACACAGCUCUUAAGUGCCACCAACUUUGAUGUUGUUUUAAUACCCGGCAAAGACCGUUAUAUUUUCCCAGGAUUUUUAAUAGGACCUGUUUUAUCUCUACUUUUACGCUGCCUUCUUUCCAUUGACUGCUUUUAUGCUGCUC